AUGGCUGAGGGAAUUGACAGACGUGCCGAUGAGCGGAUGGAGUUCAGCACCUCCAAGGAGGUUACGGUGGCCCCGACCUUUGAGGACAUGCAUUUGAAGGAGAGUCUUCUUCGUGGUAUCUACGCCUAUGGAUACGAGUCCCCCUCAGCGGUCCAGUCGCGUGCCAUUGUCCAGAUCUGUAAAGGUCGCGAUACAAUUGCGCAGGCCCAGUCUGGUACUGGUAAGACGGCGACAUUCUCGAUCAGUACUCUGCAGGUCAUUGAUACUGUCGUGCGCGAAACCCAAGCUCUUGUCCUCUCCCCGACCCGUGAACUUGCGACCCAGAUUCAGUCCGUUGUUAUGGCUCUAGGCGAUUACAUGAACGUUCAAUGCCACGCAUGCAUUGGGGGUACCAACAUUGGCGAGGAUAUUCGCAAGCUUGACUACGGUCAGCACGUCGUCUCUGGAACACCGGGCCGUGUUGCAGACAUGAUCCGCCGUCGUCACUUGCGCACACGCCACAUUAAGAUGCUCGUUCUCGAUGAAGCAGACGAGCUCUUGAACCGCGGUUUCCGCGAGCAGAUCUAUGAUGUGUACCGGUACCUGCCUCCGGCGACACAGGUGGUGGUUGUUUCGGCUACUCUGCCGUACGAUGUAUUGGACAUGACCACCAAGUUCAUGACGGACCCCGUUCGUGUCCUGGUCAAGCGUGAUGAACUGACCCUGGAGGGCAUCAAGCAGUACUUCAUUGCUGUUGAGAAGGAGGAGUGGAAGUUUGACACUCUGUGCGAUCUCUACGAUACUCUUACUAUCACCCAGGCUGUGAUCUUCUGCAACACCCGCCGCAAGGUCGACUGGUUGACCGAUAAGAUGCGUGAGGCCAACUUCACUGUGUCAAGCAUGCAUGGCGAAAUGCCACAGAAGGAGCGUGACAGCAUUAUGCAGGAUUUCCGCCAGGGCAACUCCCGUGUUCUCAUUUCUACUGAUGUCUGGGCACGUGGUAUCGAUGUCCAACAGGUGUCGCUCGUCAUCAAUUACGACCUGCCCACCAACCGUGAGAACUACAUCCACCGUAUCGGUCGUAGUGGUCGGUUCGGCCGCAAGGGUGUGGCCAUCAACUUCGUCACCAGCGAUGAUGUCCGCAUCCUUCGCGAUAUCGAAUUGUACUAUUCGACUCAAAUAGAUGAGAUGCCGAUGAACGUGGCGGAUCUUCUCUCAUAA